AUGAACCAAUCUAUCCCCUCUUGGUUGGUUAGUAUCAAUCAUCAAUGGUCCAUACAACACAAGUUAAAAGUUCAACAACAAUUAAUGAAUACUAGUAAUAAUAAUAGUAGUAGUAACCAGUUUCGAGUGUUGACUAUAUUGACACUAUUACUUUGUUGUCAUUAUCAUAUUUCAUUAUCGAAUUCACAACAAGUCCUUCCAGAUGAUGAACUUGCAUCAGCUAUAUUUCUAAUUCGACAAUAUGGAAUACCAAAACCAGAGAAUCAGUCUCUAUGUGAAUCAUAUUCUGGAUCAAAAAUGGGUGCAAGAUUUGUUUGUGAUAGCAGCAACACGUUUGAUGAAAAAUAUCAUAUUGUUGAAAUUACUUUCACUUUAACAGGUAUUCCAUCUGGAAACCCCCCUUCUUUGGCCAAGUCAUUCACAAUGCCUGCUUUGCAAUAUAUCGAAUUACGGAGUGAAGAAGUUGCCAAUCGGUCAAUCAAUAUCUUAGAGUUGCUCAAAUCUGUUAAAAGUUUGAAUAGAAUUAUAUUACAAGGGGAUAGAUCGAUAAGCUACAUUCCAGGCGAUUUUAAUAAUUUUCCUAAUCUUACCUCGUUUUCAUUAUUCUACGACAAUAAUCCUUUCGUCAUACCUCAUGCCUUUUUAAACAACUCUAUCAGCCUUCGAUCGAUCACUGUUACGUUCUCAAUUUUAUCGAUUACCAUUGACGACUCUCUCUACUUUCCUUCUCUCAUUGAUUAUUAUUUUCAAUCAAAUUGUACCGCUGGAUCACACCAUAUCAAUAUAACAGCUAAAUCAUUUCCAAACCUUGAGAGAUUUCUGGUUUUCGUUCUCUCAAGAUCAAAUAUCACUGUCCAUUUGAAUAAAGAUGUUAUCAAGUUAUGGAAAAUAUACUGCGUCGUGACCUCGGAACUUGACUCUGAAUGCCACUUAAGAAUAGGAUAUCCAUCCAGUAUAGAAUCAUUAUAUUUAGAUAAUAAUAACAUACAAAAUUUCUCAACAAAUUUACCAAACACUUUAAGAACCUUGUCUAUUUCUAAUAACCUCAACUUUAAUGGUGCCAUUACUGAUUCAUUCUGUGGAAUAACUAGUUUGAGAAUCGGUAGUACUGCAAUUUCAUCACUUCCAUCAUGUGUUUGGUGUUACAAAGGUACAUCCAGAUAUGAUGUAAUAACAGAUUUACAGGCUCCACCCAAUUUCCAAUGUCCCGGUAUUUAUCCACAAAUCACCAUUAAUAACAAAGAUAAUCUUUUAGUUACCAAUAACAAUAUCGCUACUAUUAAAGGUAACAACAUCGGAUAUGGAUCUUAUGAAUCAAAUUAUACUCUCAACCCAACAAUAUCAAACCAAGAAUUAUCAUUCAAAUAUACACAAGCAACACCAAUACCAGAGAUUCCAACUCUAGUCACAAUCAAUUUAACUCCACAUAAAGUACAGAUGAUGAUUGUCAAGGAUGAUAUUAAUAUUGGUGAACCAACUAUUUUACAAAUCAACCAAAACAACAUCAUUAUCAAGUUUAAUUUAGAUUAUAAUCCAUAUUUUAAUCACACAAUAACCAUUGAUAAUAGUAUUGCUUGUACCAAUGUAACAAAUAUUUACCCCUCUCAAUUUGAAUGUACAACACCUCUUCUAUCGAGUGGAGAUCAUCAAUUAAUAGUUUCAAACUCUUACAUACAAUCACAAGUCCCAUUCACCAUAAAUUCACAGUAUCUCUGUCAACAAUCAACCAAUAAUUGUUAUGGAAAUGGAAAAUGUACUAUUGAUGCAUAUCCAAUUAUUAGUUCAGGAAAUUAUAAUUCAACAAACAACAAACAUGUUGAAUUGAAUGGUGAUUUUGGCCCUUCAAUAUCCAACCAUUCAAAUGUAUCAGUCAGCAUUAACAAUUCAAUCAGCUGCGUUGUUGAAUCACUUUCACAAUUCCAAAUCAAUUGUACAAUCGAUCAACAACCAUCAUUUGGAUUGGCUUCUGUUCAACUUCAAUUGAAUAAUGAUUUAAAUACAACUGCAAGAAAUAUAUUAUAUCUUCAAUCACCACCAUCACAACCUUCGCCAUCACCAAUAUCAAAAUUAGAAUGUGAAAAGAAUACAUCUAAUUGUUAUGGCCAUGGAUAUUGUGAUGAUAGUGGCAAAUGUAAAUGUCAACAUGGUUAUAGUGGUAUUGAUAAUUGUUUGGCCAAAUACAUUGACGCAAUAAUCAUACCAAAUACAACAGAUCCAACAGUAUCAUUUGACAUUGAAGGAACUGAUUUUCUAUUUGAAUUAUUUUCCAUCCAAGAAUUGAAUUUCGAUAAGAAUAUUACGAAAGAAUUAUUUAUAUCCAAUUACACUUGGAAUGUCAAUAAAACAACCACCAAUAAUCACACUACUAAUGUCAACUAUCAAUUGAAUACUUUAUCCUCCCCAUCAUCAUUCAACAAUUAUUCAACAUACCAACCAGCCCAAGUUCUAUCAACUAUAUCAUUCUCUACACAACCAAGAACAGUUGAAUUUGGAGGACAACAACUUUUGUUACAUGCCAACUCUAUCAAACUACAAGUCAAUAUCAGCAAGUGGCAAUUUUCAUCAAAUUUAUCAACACUUCGAGUUUUACAAUAUCUCAGAGUAGUCAAAGAUGAUAUCCAAUUCAACGGUCGAUUCAUUGAUGUUGCAUUGUCUGAUGGAAGACCAACCUAUUCACCAACCCAACUAUUGCCAUCAACUCGAAUCAAUGAUGAACAAUCAAUUGCAAUGAUUGGAAUUGGAUUCCCUCAAUGUCAAGAGUGUGUACUAGAUCCAGAUUUUGCAGCAUUGGUUAUCAAUCCAGACGGCUAUGGUAAAUGCGAUUCAAUAGGAUUCGGUAAAUGGAAAAUCAUUGUAAUUGCAGUUUGUGUAUCACUUGUAAUGAUCACAACUGUAUUGGUGAUUGUCAUUGCUUUUAAAAAGGCUGUUCAAUUGAAAUUUGCAAAGAGAUUAAACAAGAGUUUUACAAAUCUAAGUUACAGUUUAAAUAAUCUAAGCAACAGUUUUCAUAAUCUAAACAGAAUUUUAAAUCAAAGUGAUACAAAAAUAAGCACUCAACAAGAACAAGAAAUCAACACUAAUUCAAUCCAAAACAAAAUAUCAGAUUGGGUAAAGAAGAAAGCUCACAAAUAA